AUGUCCACCACCGCCACGAGGCCGACGAUCAACCCGAGCCCUCUAGCUCGCAGGCGACGCGGCGGCUCAUUGAGCGCCCCCUUUGCCGGUCGCUUGGGCGGCAACCAGGAAUUCACCGUCGACCGUUCCGAUCCCAAGAAUGAGGAGUUGCUGAAAAAGGUGCCCGACGCGGCGCCGAAUUUGACACUGCAGGAGAGCUUCGAUCUUCGAGGUUUUCGGGAGGUGGAGCUGUGGAAGGCGGCUUUGAUCGAGUUUGUUGGCACCUUGAUCUUCGCAUGGGCCUCAGCUUGGAACAGUCUCUCACCAGAUACGCCUCCACCGGCACCCUCAGAGACGGCCGGCCCCUUCAGCCGUUCAUAUUUCCUAGGCCCCCUCGUCGCCGCCCCUAUAAAUGCAAUCCUCCUCGCACUAUUAAUCUUCUCCUUCGGUGCCAUUUCCGGAGCCCAUUUCAACCCGCUGAUCACGAUCGGCACAUUUUUUGCCAGAUUAACCACCUUUCCCCGUCUGGUGAUGUACGUGGCGGCGCAGACCUCGGCUGCUGCGCUUGCCGGCCUGCUGUUGAGAGCGUCGGCGAAUACCAGAGACUUCAAGGUUGGAGGAUGUUAUCUCUUCGAAGAUAUGGGGACUCCUGUGUCGAGUGCUUUCACCAUCGAGGUCGUCGCUGACUUGCUCCUGCUUGUGCUCGCCUUCGGAGUUGGUCUAGAUCCCCGUCAGCGCGAGAUUUUUGGCCCUGCGCUGGGCCCAAUCUUUGUUGGGCUGGCCGUGGGAAGUAUGGCGUUGUGUACGGCAUUCAGUCUGCCCGCGUACGGCGGCGCUAGCCUGAACCCAGCAAGGUGCUUUGGUGUAUUCGUGGGCAGUCGCUUCCCAGGCUGGCAUUGGGUGCACUGGGUAGCGCCUCUUGUGGCCAGUGCUUUUCAUGGUGUUGUAUACUUCCUUGUCCCGCCUGGUGAGCCAAACAGGGCACACGCCCACAAGAUUGGCAGAGCUACUCACAAAACUGAGCCGCAGAGCCAGGAGGAUGGAAAGGAGAGCGUGUAA